CUUAAGUUAUGGUAAAGUAUGCUUUCUAUCAUGUUGCCUUGUUAUCUUGUUGUAUGUUUCAUCACCAAAUUUGGUUGCUUUUGCUUCUGAUACUGAAGCAAAGGCUCUUCUCAAAUGGAAAGCCAGCUUAUUUCAAAAUCAAGCCCUCAAUAAUCUCACCUGGUACCCUCCCACUCAUAAUAUUAAUGCCACCAACUCUUCCAGCAGCGAGGGGAAACCAAAAACAAGCCCAUGCACUUGGACUGGUGUUUCAUGCAACGCAGCUGGAAGUGUCAGCAUGAUAAACCUUUCCAGAUAUGGUAUACAAGGUACGCUACAUGAAUUUCCAUUCUUGUCUUUCCCUAAUCUUGAACAUAUUGAUCUCAAUAUGAACAAACUCUUUGAUGCCAUCCCACCUGAAAUCAGUUACCUCUCUAAACUCUACUAUCUUGAUCUCUCUGAGAACAAAUUGUCUGGGAGAAUCCCACCAGAAAUCGGUCUCCUAAAAAAUCUUACAUUUCUCCAGCUCGCUGAAAAUGCAUUCUGGGGGGAUACUCCCAAUGAGAUAGGCAACCUGAAAUCCCUUGUGGAGCUAUAUUUGAAUGAGAAUAAACUCAACGGUUCAAUCCCAAGAUCUCUGGGUGAUCUAACAAGACUUACUCAUCUUUAUCUCUACGGUAAUCAACUUUCUGGUUCUAUUCCUGAAGAGAUAGGGAAUUUAAAAUCUCUUGUGAAGUUAAUUUUCUCUGAGAAUAAACUCAAUGGUUCAAUUCCAAGAUCACUAGGUAAUCUAUCAAGCCUCACCUAUCUUUAUCUCUAUGGCAAUAAACUUUCUGGCACUAUUCCUAAUGAGAUAGGUAACUUGAAGUCUCUUGUAGAUCUAGAGUUGUCCUCCAACAUUUUAAGUGGUUGCAUCCCUCAAAAUAUUAUGAACUUGGAAAGGUUAAACACUUUGUAUUUGCAUACCAAUCAACUUUCUGGUUUGAUUCCCGAAGAGAUAGGGAACUUGCAAUCUCUUGUGGAUCUAGAAUUGAGUGCAAAUCAACUCAAUGGUUCAAUUCCAAGAUCACUAGGUGAUCUAACAAACCUUUCCUAUCUCUAUCUCUUUGAAAAUAAACUUUCUGGCACUGUUCCUAUUGAGAUAGGUAACUUGAAGUCCCUUGUAGAUCUUGAGUUGUCCUAUAAUACUUUAAGUGGUCCCAUCCCUCCAAAUAUUGGUAACUUAAACCAGUUAAACACUUUGUACUUGGAUGACAAUCAACUUUCAGGUUCUAUUCCCAAAGAGAUAGAGAACUUGAAAUCUAUUGUGGAGCUAUCCUUGAGCGUGAAUCAGCUUAAUGGUUCAAUUCUUGCUUCGUUUGGUAACCUAAGCAACUUGGAAAAUUUAAACCUACGAGAUAACCAACUUUCCGGCCCCAUCCCUCAAGAGAUAGAGAAUCUCAAAAAGUUGACCAUGUUGUAUUUGGAUACAAACCAAUUUUCUGGUCAUUUACCCCAUAAUAUUUGCCAAGGUGGAAAACUCAUAAACUUUUCAGCAAGCGACAACCAUUUCACUGGUCCAAUACCCAAAAGCUUAAAAACAUGCAGAAGUUUAUUCAGGGUCCGUCUUGAAAGGAACCAAUUGACAAGCAAUAUAUCUGAAGACUUUGGUGUUUAUCCAAAUGUUGAUUUUAUAGAUAUAAGCCACAAUAAUUUGUAUGGUGAAAUCUCACGCAAAUGGGGACAAUGCCCAUUGUUAAAAACCCUACGACUUGCGGGAAACAACCUUACUGGGACCAUACCAACUGAGAUCGGAAAUGCAACCCAAAUUCAUGAGCUUGAUCUCUCUUCGAAUAAUUUAGCUGGCACGAUCCCAAAGGAAUUUGGGAGACUCACUUCUUUGGAGAAGUUGAUGUUGAAUAGAAAUCACCUUUCGGGUCGUAUACCGUCAGAAUUCAGAUCAUUGACUAAUCUUGAAUAUCUUGACUUGUCUACAAACAAAUUCCAUGAGUCAAUUCCUGGCAUUCUAGGCGACUUGUUCAGAUUGCACUACUUGAAUUUGAGCAACAACAAGUUGGCUCAAGAAGUUCCACUUGAGUUGGGGGCGUUAGUUCAGUUGACGGACCUGGAUUUAAGUCAUAACUCACUUGAAGGUAAGAUACCAUCAAAAAUGAGCAACAUGGAGAGUUUGGUGAUGCUCAAUGUUUCCCACAACAAUCUUUCGGGUUUCAUACCAACAAGUUUCCAAGACAUGCAUGGCUUGUUGUAUGUAGACAUAUCCUACAAUCACUUGGAAGGUCCCCUUCCCAACAUCAACGCAUUUCGAGAAGCUCUGCCAGAAGCAUUACAAGGGAACAAAGGAUUGUGUGGCACAGUUGGCACUCUGCCACCCUGCAAUAAACGUGGCUCAAAAAAGCACUUCAAAUUAAUAUUCUCUCUUCUUGCAGUAUUUGUAUUUCUAUCUGCUUUCUUUACAAUUUUCAUUGUAGUGCAAAGAAAGAAUAAGCAUCAGGAUAAAGACCAAAGCACCAUGCAUGAAGAAAUCUCCUUUUCUGUUUUAAAUUUUGAUGGAAAAUCAAUGUAUGAGGAAAUCAUAAAAGCAACAGAAGAUUUUGAUUCCACUUAUUGUAUUGGGAAGGGAGUACAUGGAAGCGUUUAUAAAGUGAAUUUGUCAUCUACCAACUUAGUGGCCGUGAAGAAACUCCAUCUGUUGUGGGAUGGCGAGACAAAUCUUCAGAAAGCGUUCUUAAAUGAAGUAAGGGCACUCACUGAGAUAAGACACCGAAACAUUGUGAAGCUCUAUGGUUUCUGUGCACAUAAACGACACUCGUUUUUGGUGUAUGAGUAUCUUGAAAGAGGUAGCUUGGCCGCAAUGUUGAGCAAAGAUGAAGAAGCUGAAGUGUUGGGGUGGAACAAAAGGGUGAAUGUUGUUAAAGGUGUAGCUCAUGCCUUGUCUUACAUGCACCAUGAUUGCUUGCCACCGAUUGUACAUCGUGACAUCUCAAGCAAGAACAUUUUGUUGGAUUCUGAAUAUGAGGCCUGUGUUUCAGACUUUGGGACUGCUAAGUUUUUAAAUCCAGACUCAACUAAUUGGACUGCCGCUGCAGGCACAUAUGGCUACAUGGCACCAGAGCUUGCAUAUACAAUGGAAGUAACUGAGAAGUGCGAUGUUUAUAGCUUUGGAGUUGUCACAUUGGAAAUAAUUAUGGGAAGACAUUCAGGAGAUGUUUUCUCAUCUUUAUCAUCCGGGGCGUCAUCGUCAUCCUCAUCUGCAUCACCUGCCCCAGAAAUGCCAAUUUUGGACAUUCUCGACCAACGCAUCUUGCCACCCACAAAACAAGAAGCAGAGGAGGUGGUGUCUCUUGUGAAGAUAGCAUUUGCAUCCUUGAAUCCCAGUCCACAGUGUCGUCCAACGAUGAAGAAAGUUUCUCAGCUCCUCUCAUCAACUCAGAGGCUGCAUUUGUCAAAGCCAUUACAUAUGACAACAUUUGGUGAAUUACUUGCUCUUGAUGGUUUCACAACCUGAUUAGGAUAUAUGCUGCUUUGGCUGUAUUUCACUUCAUUUGUGUCUUCCUUGUUCUAAUUCUUCUUAGAUGUUUGUACUUGUAAAUGUUCACUACAAGAAAAAAGGUCCGUAGUGACCAAAUGAAUAAUGGUCACAAAUAGGGAGUCUACAUUUUUUUCUUUUCUACAUUAUGAAUCUAAGUACUAGGUGGUGAUGAUGUAGACAAAGAAUGUAUGCUUGUAGCAAAUGGGUUAGUGGACAUGAAGUUGAGUUCCGAUGCAGCAGUUAUCCUCGACUUCAUCAAUGUUAGCUUAUAACUCUCCUCUUUUGAAAGCAAUUUUUGUUUGAACCUAUUAUGAAAGUGAAGAAUGAAAAAUAAAAUAAGGA